GCGGAAGACGGAGCCGGGUCGGCGCUGUGAACAGAGCUGGAUAGAAUUAUUGGAGUCUAUUUCUAGAUAUCAACGGCUGAUUCAAAUAUUGACUGUUUUAUAAUGCCAGUGUGUUUUUGAAGAAAUCCCGCCGAAGUUGGACGAGGAGUGAUAUCGCAUUUGCUAGUGGAACCUAAUAGUGAUGGGAGAUGGAGGACAAGGGGCCUCGUGUAGCAGACUACUUCGUGCUGGCUGGUCUGACCGACUCCUCCACGCCACUGGAGCAGGAGAUCCACUUCCACGAUGUCUGCCACAAGACGGCCAAACCCAAGCCGCCCAUCACCGACGUCGCUGUGGUGAUGCGCUCGCUGGGUGAAGAGGUGCCUCCUGGGUACACGUGUGUGGAAUCCACGCCGUCCGGUCUGUCAGCUGACUUGAACAACGGAAGUCUCAUGGCGCCACAGAUCUUCCUGUGUUACAGACGAGGACGGGACAAACCACCACUCACUGACCUGGGUGUUCUGUAUGAGUGGAAGGAGCGGUUAAAGCAGGGUUGCCACAUCAUCCAGACCACGCCCUCCGGACGCCCUGCCAACAUAAGCUCCACCUCCUCCCAGAGGAUCUACGUGACGUAUCGCCGCGCCACGGAGAGCCAGACCUACGCCGCCCUGGCCGUCACAGACAUCUGUGUCAUCAUCCCCGGCAAGGGAGAGACGCCACCACACACCUUCUGCAAGGUGGACAAGAGCCUCAACAGCAGUAUGUGGGGUUCCUCUGUCUAUCUGUGUUACAAGAAGUCUGUGGCCAAAACCAACACCAUAGCCUACAAAGCAGGUCUGUUUAGCAGGUAUCCUGAGGAGGACUAUGAGUCUUUCCCCCUGCCUGAGUCCGUGUCUCUGUUCUGUCUGCCCAUGGGGGCCACCAUCGAGGCCUGGCCGGCCCAGACCAAAUACUCCCUGCCUGUCUUCUCCACCUUCGUACUGACCGGAUCCUCUGGAGAGAAGGUGUACGGUGCAGCCAUCCAGUUCUACGAGCCCUACUCCCAGGACUGUCUGACCGACCAGCAGCGCUCUCAGCUGGGUCUGCCGGGGCUGGACCACGGGCCCUCUUCCCCAGCCACUUCCCCAUCCACCCCAGCUCCGGGCCCCAGGGCGUUACACACCAACAAGUGUAUCUGUUUGCUGUCUCACUGGCCCUUCUUUGACGCCUUCCGCAAGUUCCUCACCUUCCUCUAUCGAUACUCCAUCUCUGGACCUCACACCCUGCCCAUCGAGAAGCACAUCUCCCACUUCAUGCACAAGGUCCCCUUCCCCUCCUCCCAGAGGCCCAGGAUACUGGUGCAGCUCUCUCCUCACGACAGCCUGAUGUUGAGCCAGCCUGUGUCAUCCCCUCUACCACUCAGUGGUGGUCGGUUCUCCAUACUGCUGCAGAACCUCGGUCCGGAGAACGCUAUAACGCUCCUGGUGUUUGCUGUGACAGAACAUAAGAUCCUGGUCCACUCUCUACGGCCCGCUGUUCUGACCAGUGUCACUGAGGCUCUGGUGGCUAUGAUCUUCCCAUUCCACUGGCCGUGUCCGUACAUCCCUCUGUGCCCGCUGGCCCUGGCAGGAGUCCUCUCUGCCCCCUGCCCCUUCAUCGUGGGUGUCGACUCACGCUACUUUGACCUUUACGACCCUCCGCUGGACGUCAGCUGUGUCGACCUCGACACAAACACCAUCUCCCACAACGAAGAUAAGAGAGCCCUGACCUGGAAGAUCCUGCCAAAGAAAGCCUGUAAAAACCUGAUGAAUGUGCUGAACAAUCUCUACCAGCAACUGGUGGACGGUCAGCAGCGUCCUGAUGGCCUAUUGGAGCUGAGUAUGAGUGAUUGUACGGAGCUGGCCUGUGGGAAGAGCCUCCACAGCCUGGAGAUGGAGAUACAGGAAGCCUUCCUCAGGUUCAUGGCGGCCAUCUUGAAAGGCUACCGCUCAUUCCUGAGACCCAUCACCCAGGCCCCGUCUGAGAAGACUACUGACGCCUCCUCUCUCUUUGACCUGCAAGGGUUCCUGAAGAGCAGAGACCGGUCCCACCAGAAGUUCUACUCCCUGAUGACCAAGACUCAGAUGUUCAUCAGAUUCAUAGAGGAGUGCUCCUUCGUCUCAGACAAAGACGCCAGCUUGGCCUUCUUCGAUGACUGUGUGGACAAGCUCUACAGUGCAGACAAAGGAGGCAAGGUGGACAGCGAUAAGCCAGAUGAGACCAGGCUGAUAGAGAUCGACGAAUCACAGCGCAGCGAGCACACAGUCUUCAUCACACCCCCAGAACUACCCCAUCUGCCUGAUGGAGAGGAGCACCCACUCUGCUACAGCUAUGCAGGUUUCCCAGUGUUGAGUGUUGAUCUGUUCGACCCCAUGGAAGGCCUCCGACCCCCUGCCUCUCGCCUGGCUGUCCGACAGAGCUGCCCAACCAGCCCCGCACCCAUGUUCAGACGCACCAAACAGGAGAUCAAGUUGUCUCAGAAGUUAGCCAAGAAGUACUCUUCCAUCCCUCAGAUGUGGUCCAAGUGUCUGCUGUGCCACUGCUACGGCCUGUGGUUCAUCUGUCUGCCAUCCUACGUCAAGGUGUGCCACUCCAAGGUGCGGGCGCUACGCACCGCCUACGACGUCCUCAGGAAGAUGCAGGACAAGAAACUACAGCCUCCCGACGAGGUGUGUUACAGGGUCUUGAUGCAGCUGUGUGGUCAGUACGGCCAGCCAGUCCUGGCGGUCAGAGUUCUGUUUGAGAUGAAGAAGGCUGGAGUCCAACCCAACGCCAUCACCUAUGGAUACUACAACAAGGCGGUGUUAGAGUCUACCUGGCCCUCCAGUACCAGAGGAGGUUACUUCAUGUGGAUGAAGCUGAGGAACGUGGUUAUGGGUGUGGCUCAGUUCAGACAGGCGCUACGCAAACAGCAGCCUCCACCCACUCAGAGCCCUCUGUCAGAUGGCAGCGACCUGGACGCUGUGAGUCACGGCAGCCUGGAUAGCUCUGCCGACACUAACACGGCCGAGCAGGGCCCCUACGCCCCUGACUCCAUCAAAGUAGACCCAACUGACGAUAGGCGUAGCACAGUCAGCCGCGGGGACUGGGGCGGUGUGGGGUCGGACACCCGGUCGGGUCACUCACACUGGGGGGGUUCUGACCUCCACUCCCCCCGCCACUCAGGGGAGCAGUCAGACCUGGGGUAUAACUCCCUCUCUAAAGAAGAGGUGCGUAGAGGAGAACCCAGCCCGCUGGACAGGGACAGCACCCAGGCCAAGGACAACAAGAAGGAGAGUGACUACAGCUCCUUGUCGGAGACAGAGAGUGCUAAGGGCAGUGGAGACGGUCUCCCCCAACAGGACUUCCCAGAGGUCAACGGUCCAUUCAAGCGGCAUAAUUCCGGCAUCGUCCGCGGCAACUAUCCCUAUGACGAUGCAGCCUGUGAGCCCAAGGGGUCAACCAGCACAGACCAUGUAGCAGGUCUCCUGUUGAGCUCCUCUCUGAAUGAGAUAGGUGUGGUUGAGACCAACAGUCUGAGGAGGAGACAUCUCAGUACCCUUGAGGAGGGAGGUGGGAGUAGUGGAGGAGGAGGAGGAGGAGGAGGAGGCCAUGACUGGCAGGGUGUGCGAGGGUGCAGACUGAGUGGAGAGAACAGGGUUGUCAGUGGUAGCAGUGGCACUCCGGUGUUGGGUCUGGGACUGCACCAGGGAGAGACUGACCCAGCCAGGAUAGCAGAGAACCUGGGGGCCGACACCAAGAUCCUCCAGGGGACUAGCUUCAGCCAGACCAACAGGCCGCGGUGGUUAGUCCUGGGAGGGCCAGAGGGGGUUGGAGCGGCGGGGGGUAAAACCAGGCGCUGCAGACGUAGAGACAGCCCUGAAGACGGAGAGGAGAGGGACUGGAGUGACGAGGACAAGAAUAACACAGACGCCAUCUUUGAUCUGGAGGACCUAGAUCUGGACGGACCAACCACAGAGAGCGUUGCUAAAACCAGCCAAUCACGGAAGAGGACGGUGCAACGCAGAGCCAGCUAUGGAGGUGUGGGUGUGGCCUCAGCCUCGCGGGGCACCGUUAAACGAACGGGGAUCGAGACAGGCUUCGACCCGCUGUCCCUCCUGGUGGCCGAGUCCAAGUCCCAGGGGGACAGAGAGGACGACCUGGAAGUAGAGAUGGAUGGGGUCGCGACCCCUACGGGCCGGCGCCAGGACCACCUGGCUAGGGAGAUAGAGAUGUACAUGAACCAUAUGGGUUCUCCUCUGAACAGCCGGACCCCCAGUAUGGACCUCCAGGACCCUUCCAGUCCCCUGUUCUUCCACCCUCCUCCCCCACUCAUCACCACCCCUCGACGGGCCAGUCUCCCCCAUACCUCCCCUCUCAGGACAGGAGGAUUACCUCGCUCCAGGACCCAGCACUCCCCCUCGCACUCCCAGCCUGCCAGACAGAGGCUCUGGUCCUCACCCCCCUGUCCCCGCUCCACCCCCAGCCCACAGCCCAGCCCCUACCGGGAGAGGGAGAGAGACAGGGACCUGGGUUUGCUGUCCCCCUCUCUGUCCUCCUCCUCCUUCGCCCUGGACCAGCUCCUCACCCCCACCCUGGAUGUGUUUAAGAGCAGCAUGUUCUCGGCAGGGAAAGGUGUGGCAGAGAAGGCUAGUCGGUGGUACUCUCGCCUGGCCACCUCCUACACCAUGCCUACCAAGGAUGGUAACUGUGACCGUCUGAGUGUGUCCUCUCUGGGCAUGGACCCUGACUGCUCCUCCCUGUUGGAUGUGGAUGAGGAGGGCUCCAUCAUCUCCCCUCAGAGAAAUGGCCCCGGGCCCCGUAGGAGCCCAAGGAGAAGUCCAUCCAGACGCAGUCCCCUGAGGAGCAGACUGGACAGUCCCACACACGGACAGACAGGCUUUCCUCCCCCAGACUGCUCUGAUCUGGGCUCGUCUCGCUACACCAGCAAUACCAGUGUCUUCCAGAACUACGCCAUGGAGCUGUUGAUCUCCAGCUGUUCUCGCUGUAAGACAUGUGACGGUCUGGUGUACGACGAGGAGAUCAUGGCAGGAUGGACGGCUGACGACUCCAACCUCAACACCACCUGUCCCUUCUGUGGGAACCCCUUCCUCCCUUUCCUUAAUGUAGAGAUCAGAGACCUGAGAGGACCUGGGAGGUUCUUCCUGAAGAGCAGUCCGUCAGCGGAUGAGGCUGUGUCAUCGUCCUACUCUGUGUCCACCGGUCUGGACACCGGGACGUCCACUCUGUCCACACCUUGUCCCACUACUGUCCUGUCUCCUCUCUCACCCAGGAUCACUGUAGAGGGCUGCUCUGGUAACAACAGGCUGUCGUCGUCCAGGGCCCAGUGUAUAGAGAUCCCUACAGAGCGGUGCCAGGGGGCCCUGUCCCCAGGGUCAGCUAUGGUGCGGAGUGUCAGUGCCUUUGACCCCAUGGAGGAACCAACUCGACUCAACCACAAUGUACCCACUACAGGCAGCCUGCCCAGCCGACUCAACGAAGCCAGCGACCCCCUGAGUGUUGAUAUGGAGUGGCGUCUCCACCACCCAGAACCAGUCACCGUACCCUACCUGAGUCCCCUGGUGCUGUGGAAGGAGCUGGAGUCCCUGCUGGAGAACGAGGGAGACCCUGUUAUCACGGUGUCAGCCGUGGUGGACCACCAUCCUAUCAUCUACUGGAACCUGGUUUGGUCCUUCAGACGUCUGGACCUGCCCAGCAACCUGCCUGGACUCAUACUGACCUCAGAGCACUGUAACAGGGGAUCUACGGUCCCUCGCCACUGGAUGUCAGAGGACAGUAAACACGUGUUGAUCCAGAUCUUAUGGGAUAACCUCAAGCUGCACCGGGAUCUCAUCCAGCCGUUUUACAUCCUCUGGAACACACAGAGGCUUAAUUGUGCUCUGUUGUUAGACAGUGUGGGCUACCCGUUGUGUCGUCCUGUGAGCGAGGCGGAGCAUCCGUUUGGGGAGGAGCUACUCCACAGCGUGGUCAAGAGCAUCCAGAGGAACGACGUCUCUCGACCAAUGGGACAGCUCCUACAGCUGCUGGGGCAGAGCCUGGGGGUCAAGAGGCAAAGGAGUCUGUACAGAGACAUCCUCUUCCUGUGUCUGGUGGCUCUGGGAAAGGACAACAUUGACAUCGACGCUUUUGACCGUGAAUACAAGAUGGCGUACGACCACCUCAGCCCCAACCUGGUGAAGCUGACGCACAACUGCGACCGUCCGCCCAGCGCUGGGGUCAUGGAGUGUCGCAAGACCUUCGGAGAGCCCUACCUCUGAACUCUGACCCCUUUAGCCCUGACGUGUCAGCCUCCACCCGGCCAGUCACCUCCGUCACUCAGCAUAGCACAGCCGUGGGUAACACACGUGGGUAGCACACAUGGGUAGGGUUCAAGAGAUCUUUGUGUCCAUGAAAGCGCUGUAUAAAAUCCAUGUAUUACAACGGUGGCUUUCCCAAAGAGGACUGAGGGUUGCUUUAAAGACGAGCUCAGGAAUCCCUUUAGAAAGACUUCCAGAAUGUGAGCUUGUUGACAGCGUGAUGUUUUGGGUCAUGUCCGUCACCUGUGAGAGAUGUGACGGGGAUGACCAGAGACUAACGGAGCUGACCGACCAGGGUGUUAUUAUGUAGUCUGACUAGUCUCACAAAAGGGAUGUUUUUAAAAUCCCAUGUCAUCAGCUGGUUGUAGAAGGUUCUGGACAUACCACUCUGGAUGGAGGGAGAUCAUACUCAUGAACUUAACAACGGUUUCACACAUUUUGACAUGUUCUAUUUCGGGGUAUCUUGUACAAAUUGUUACAUAAAAUACAAAAUGUACUUUAUAUACGACAGUAGUAGUAGUAGUAGGGACCUUUUAUAAAACAACAUUUGUAUUAUAUAGUCAAAUAUAGAGACUAAUAUAAGCAAUAUUUUACUUAACUUGAAUUCUAUUUAUACAAAGUAAGCCUUUUAUUUAUUUUAGUCUGUUUUAUUUGUUUAGAUGGAUGUACUGUCUUCAUGUCAGUUUAAACAUCCAUUCCCGUCCUCCUGUGGUUGAUGGAUGUACUGGCUUCAUGUCAGUUUAAACAUCCAUUCCUGUCCUCCUGUGGUUGAUGGAUGUACUGGCUUCAUGUCAGUUUAAACAUCCAUUCCUGUCCUCCUGUGGUUGAUGGAUGUACUGGCUUCAUGUCAGGUUAAACAUCCAUUCCUGUCCUCCUGUGGUUGAUGGAUGUACUGGCUUCAUGUCAGGUUAAACAUCCAUUCCUGUCCUCCUGUGGUUGAUGGAUGUACUGGCUUCAUGUCAGUUUAAACAUCCAUUCCUGUCCUCCUGUGGUUGAUGGAUGUACUGGCUUCAUGUCAGGUUAAACAUCCAUCCCUGUCCUCCUGUGGUUGAUGGAUGUACUGGCUUCAUGUCAGGUUAAACAUCCAUUCCUGUCCUCCUGUGGUUGAUGGAUGUACUGGCUUCAUGUCAGGUUAAACAUCCAUUCCUGUCCUCCUGUGGUUGAUGGAUGUACUGGCUUCAUGUCAGUUUAAACAUCCAUUCCUGUCCUCCUGUGGUUGAUGGAUGUACUGGCUUCAUGUCAGGUUAAACAUCCAUCCCUGUCCUCCUGUGGUUGAUGGAUGUACUGGCUUCAUGUCAGGUUAAACAUCCAUUCCUGUCCUCCUGUGGUUGAUGGAUGUACUGGCUUCAUGUCAGGUUAAACAUCCAUUCCUGUCCUCCUGUGGUUGAUGGAUGUACUGGCUUCAUGUCAGGUUAAACAUCCAUUCCUGUCCUCCUGUGGUUGAUGGAUGUACUGGCUUCAUGUCAGGUUAAACAUCCAUUCCUGUCCUCCUGUGGUUGAUAGAUGUACUGGCUUCAUGUCAGGUUAAACAUCCAUCCCUGUCCUCCUGUGGUUGAUGGAUGUACUGGCUUCAUGUCAGGUUAAACAUCCAUCCCUGUCCUCCUGUGGUUGAUGGAUGUACUGGCUUCAUGUCAGGUUAAACAUCCAUUCCUGUCCUCCUGUGGUUGAUGGCUGUUAGAAAGAUCUAGUAGUAUUUACAGUGAGUAGUGUAACUGUACCUGUUACUGUACCACUCUAAUGUCCAUGGUAAACUGAACUAAGCUGGUUUGAAGUAUUGUAUCAGUGAGGGCAUUCAAAGAUUCACUCAAAACAACUAAAGUCGCUUUAAAACUGCCAAAAUGUUGCGAUAAAUACUCAAUUUCCGCUGCACUUUACAACAGAUGUUGUUGUUGACAAGACGUAUCCCGAGUAUGGAUUGAUUCGUUUUGAUCAACAAAAUAUAAAUAUCUAUUACAGAAAUACCCAUACUGAGUCGAAUACUUUGACGUUUACAAAACUGAUUGACCACUGUUUCUGUUUUUAAAGUAAUGUGCGACUGUAAAACAGACUUUGACAUCUUUGUCACAACAUGCUGUAUGAAUCGGCUCCUCAGAUAUCAGUAUUAAUAUCAUUAAUGUGAAAGUACCUUUUUUAAAGUACCUUCAAGUUAAAGUUGGAGUACCUUUGAGGACCUCUGUGUACUGUUAAGAACAUGUAGUUACCCUUUUGAUAUAUGGAGGGAAUAUUUCUACAAGACAGUAGGUUCCGUGUUUCAUGCCCUUUCAUAUUCUCUGUACCACCUAUACGUGUGGGCUUCUCUUCAGGUGUUAUAAACUGUGAAUAGUGGGUUAUGACAGGGAAUUUACAAGGAAAGUAUGGGUUGUUCAAUAGUUUUGAGGUAACUGUCUGUUCCCCUUCAAAAACCUUUUUUAGAUUUUAAUUUAUGUGUUUUAGAACCAAAAAAAGAAUAAUCCAAAACGGUACGAUGGUACAGUGUAUAUACUGAACAAAAAUAUAAACGCAACAUGUAAAGUGUUGGUCCCAUUUUUCAUGAGCUGAAAUAAAAGAUCCCAGAAAUGUUCCAUAUGCACAAAAAGCUUAUUUCUCUCAAAUCAAAUUUUGCGCACAAAUUUGUUUACAUCCAAAUUUGUUUAUCCUUUGCCAAGAUAAUCCAAAUCAAGAAGCUGAUUAAACAGCAUGAUCAUUACACAAGUGCACCUUGUGCAGGGGACAAUUAAAGCCCACUCUAAAAUGCGCAGUUUUGUCACACAACAGAAUGCCACAGAUACCUCAAGUUUUGAGGGAGUGUGCAAUUUGCAUGCUGACUGCAGGAAUGUCCAACAGAGCUGUUUCCAGAGAAUUGAAUGUUUAUUUCUCUACCGUAAGCCACCUCCAACGUAAUUUGUCAGUACAUCCAACCGGCCUCACAACCGCAGACCACGUGUAACCACGCCAGCCCAGGAUCUCCACAUCCGGCUUCUUCACCUGCGGGAUUGUCUGAGGAGGAGGGGGGGGUGCUGAGGAGUAUUUCUGUCUGUAAUAAAACCCUUUUGUGGGGAAAGAAUUAUUCUGUUUGGCUGAACCUGGCUCCCCAGUGGGUGGACUUGGCUUCCAAGUGGGUGGGCCUAUGCCCUCCCAGGCCCACCCAUGGCUGCGCUGCUACCCAGUCAUGUGAAAUACAUAGAUUCGGGGCCUAAUGAAUUUAUUUUAAUUGACUGAUUCCCUUCUAUGAACUGUAACUCAGUAAAAUCUUUGAAAGUGUUGCAUGUUGCGUUUAUAUUUUAGUCCAGUCUAGUUCUGUUAAGGAGCUAUAAGUCCAGAGUUGGGGUUCAGAAAGAAUGAUUCAGACCAUUGAUGUGUCAGUAAAUCCAGAGUUGGGGUUCAUUCCAUUUCAAUUCCAGUCAAUUCUCUUCAAUGCUUUUCAAUUUGAAUUUGGUUUGUUUCUAAAUUGACCAAUUUGAAAUGGAAUUGAGCCCGACUCUGACUGAGUCACUCCAGUCACAAGUUGUAUUCCCAAACCGGAGGCCAGUUCAGAUCUGGUUUCUAACCCACGUUAAGGACGUCAGGCCGACACAACGACGUUCAAUAACUUGAUACAUCCUCAAAAGCUUUAGAUGUGAUCCUAUGUCUGUGUUCAUCUAUAUACUGUAUACAGUGUUGUGUUUUUCUUCCAUACAAGGUACUAUAUGAGUAACAACCUACGUUGGGUUCAUUGUUCAGCAGCACAACUGAAUGUUCAGUGGCACAUGACAUGCAGUCAAAACCUUUAUUUGGGGGAAAUGAAAGAAGAGGUUGAAGUAUCAGGACCUCGGUACAGUGGCUAUGAUGACAUAGCUGUUUAUACCUGGCGUGUUAUACUGAUGAUACCAAGUCCAGCCUUUGGCCAUGUAUUGUCUUCAGUUCAUUUUAAAUCAUGUUUGGUGAUUUUAUGCACCUGAACAUAGAUUAUGAUGCUUUCAGUUGUGUGAGUCCACUUGAACACUUGAAAAUCCUCCCAGGUUGAAGUACGCAGCAACACCUCUCUCUCUUCCAAUUCAGAAUGAAAUCAUUGAAGUACCUUUUAUGACGUCAAAAUGUCCCCCCCUUUUAACAGAUACGUUAAACACCAAUCCUGGCCGACUACAAUGUAGACGGAACGUCACCAGCACAUCGGUGACCUCCAAUUACAAUGUAACAACAGACUGAUGUCAUUGGCUAGAAGAGGACCUCAUUCAAGAAGGGUCCAAUGAGAGCUGGCCACUUCAAUGACUGACAGCUGAGAGCACCAAUCGCAGAAUAGCGCUACUAUGCAAACAUGAAACGGACGUGGCUAUUUUGAAAGCUAAAGAUUGUUACCAACCAACCAAGCGGUUAAGAGAGACCUGGACUGUCAAAAAUAUCACUCAUGAAUAUCAGCAGUGUCAACAACUUUAAAUCGUUUUGUUGUCAAUCUCUGCAGAUGAAGGGCUCUAUUCAAUCCGCGUGGCGGAAGUUCAGUUUUGCAGGGUGAUUGAAAUGUAAAGGCUGUGUUCCUGCUUUAGCAGAGAGUGCAUUGACGGUAAACGGUGCGUAUGGCCGCUCCAUGGGAAAUGACCUUUACAUUUCAAUCACAGAAUCUCUCACACUUCACUUCUACAGACUGAAUAAAGCUCUAGAAGGUUAUUAAUCGUGUAGAAGGAAAUGUCCAAACAAAAUGUGUCAUUGUAUAACGUUUGAUCUGCUCUUCGUAGAGAAGACAUUUUGUAAAAUGUUUCUAGUGUUGUGUACAGCUGUGUAUGACGGGUCUGUGGAUCUGAUGAUGAGAUGAAUAAUGAAAUGUUGACUGGAUCUUCAGAAUUGUCUCGGACUGGAAAUAAAAUCACUUAUACCGUG